UGCAGCCGCCGCCGCCUCAGCGUCCCACAGCCGCUGCCGCCACUGCCGCCCUGCCGGGUACAGCCGCCAGGCCCGGUGCUCUGACUUCUCCAGAUCAGGGCGCUCUGCGGAGACACCCUCAUUUCUUCUUGGGGGUCCCGGGCGCCAAGCCAGGCGUGGGGGGUGGGAUAGCUCCUCUUGCGAGGGGGUGGACUGGAAGGGAGGAGCCUGGAAUCCUAGCCAGCUCCACCCAUCGCCGCAUCAAGACAGGACAGGUUGAGGGUCGUCGUGGAAGGAAGAGGGGCUGCAGAGGCAGCUCCCGGGGAGGACGAGGAAGCCCUGUCGCAGGAAGCUCGGAUGCGCUCUGACUUGCGGGGGGGGGGGGCUGUUCACGUUUGGGGACUGGUGACAACGUGGGUGCACUCCUAUUCCGAGGGGCUGGCCAGAGGACGUGGGAUCUAGACAGCACUAGCUGUCCCCACGGAAAUUAGGGGGGAGCACGCACCUUAUUUCGAGGUGAAAGGAUCCUCCAAGCAACCACCUGGUGUGUCCACUAGAAAGGGCGGAUUUGGAGGUGACUUCAAAAGGAGCUGAGCGGGACAAGGUGAGGGAAAGGGCUUUGCUACUGGAACGUUGUACUAGAAAUGAGGGUGAGUUGGUUAAAAAAAAUAGUAUUAUUCAGAGACAGCGUCUAAGAACCCCUCUCACUGAAUAGGAGCAGUCUGGUUAUUGCAAGACAAUCUGAGGGGGUUGACUGAAAGAGUGAGGGAAUCCUCUCCACUUAGAGGGUGGUAAAGGAAAAGACACCACGGUUGGGUUCCUUCUUGACAUUGGCAGUGCCCCAGUAUGGGUGGGGUGAGGUGUUAUCCCUAAAGCUAAGGACCCACCCCUUUGAUGACCAGAAAUAAGGUGGAAAGUGCUUAGUGAUAGACACUGGAAGCACUAGCUGGAAAUUCUGAGGGUCUUGGCUUCUGGGAUAGGGGUAGGUUAGGACAGGGACACAAGGGAGCAGGGAAGGGAGGGAGUUUUCGGUAAGGAGGAAAAGUGAAGGGUGGGGUUAACUGAAAGGUACUUCGGCUGCUGUGUCUGGUGAGCCUAAUACUGGACCUAGAGAUAGAAGCAGAAAGACUAGUGGGCGGGUGGGCCUGGGGUUUAUCCUCAGGUCCAGUGGGUGGGGCCGUGAACCGGGCCUGAUAGUCCAGAGCAUGCCCUGGUGAGCUGGCUUCUCUGGGGGAGCCCAGAGCGCUCUGGGUGCCUGCCGCUUUGGGGGUGUCUCCUCCCGGGGCGCCAUGGCGGCGCUGGCCAGUAGCCUGAUCCGGCAGAAGCGGGAGGUCCGCGAGCCCGGGGGUAGCCGGCCCGUGUCGGCGCAGCGGCGCGUGUGUCCCCGCGGCACCAAGUCCCUUUGCCAGAAGCAGCUCCUCAUCCUCCUGUCCAAGGUGCGACUGUGCGGGGGGCGGCCCGCGCGGCCGGAUCGCGGCCCGGAGCCUCAGCUCAAAGGCAUCGUCACCAAACUGUUCUGCCGCCAGGGUUUCUACCUCCAGGCGAAUCCCGAUGGGAGCAUCCAGGGCACCCCAGAGGACACCAGCUCUUUCACCCACUUCAACCUGAUUCCUGUGGGGCUUCGUGUGGUCACCAUCCAGAGUGCCAAGCUGGGUCACUACAUGGCCAUGAACGCUGAGGGGCUGCUCUACAGCUCGCCACAUUUCACAGCUGAGUGUCGCUUUAAGGAGUGCGUCUUUGAGAAUUACUAUGUCCUCUAUGCCUCUGCUCUCUACCGCCAAUGCCGUUCUGGCAGGGCCUGGUACCUGGGCCUGGACAAAGAGGGUCAGGUCAUGAAGGGAAACCGAGUCAAGAAGACCAAGGCAGCGGCCCAUUUUGUGCCCAAGCUCCUGGAGGUGGCCAUGUACCGGGAACCUUCUCUUCACAGUGUUCCUGAGACCUCCCCUUCCAGUCCUCCUGCUCCCUGAAAUGUAGUCCCUGGACUGGAGGUCCCCUGCACUCACACUGAACCGACCACCACCACAGCCUGUCUUCCAGCCCUGCUGUUGACCCUGCUGUCAUUCUUGCUGACAUACUACAAGCCCUGAGCAGUCAGGUUCUACCAGGUGCUCCUCCCUGGGGGAGCAUAGUGGCUGGCUGUGCCUUCCUGGGCUGAGACCUUUAGAUACUGGGCCUAGGAAGGUGUGUGUGUGUGUGUGUGUGUGUGUGUGUGUGUGUCUGUGUGUCGGGGGGAGUGUCUGAACAUGGUCCUGGCUCAUCACUUCUUUCCUUCCACACUCACACACCCUCAAAGCCUCAAAGAUGGCAUUGGGGGUUCGCAAACUGAUAGAAUCAGGGCUUAAAUAUUCCCUACCCCAGGCUCAGCCAGUUUCAGGAUUCCUAGUCCCUUUUCAUUGGCACUGAGCCAUAGAUUUACAAGUCCACUGGAGCUCAGGAUUAGCUUCCUUCUUCCCUACUCCACCUUCUGCCUUCUUCUGGACAGGUUCUGAACGCCUACGCAUCCUAGCCAGGGCCAUUUGUUACACGAGAGCUCUGCUGGAAUGUAGGCGUGCUGCCAGGCUUUGGGAGCCACCAAACCUCUAUCAUUGACCCAGAUAAACCCCUGGUUUUCAAACUCGGAGAGGGUGCAUUUGAGCCCUGUUCAGCUGUUGACCUGGCUUGAACUAGGGCCAGUGUCAGACCACAACAGAUUUAACUUUCUUAUCCCAGAGACACCCAAUUCAGAGUAUGGUGUUCUAGACAUAUAUGGAGCCAUACUUCCUUCCAAAUCUCAGCUUUAGGGCAUAUACCAUAAUUCUUAGCUUUUCUCUCCAGGGUGGAACUGGGGCCUAUAUAGCCAUAUUAUUGCUCUAGAGUAAGUUCUAACUCUACCCUCCCACCUUCUCUAGUGAUAUAUCCAUUAAGGAUGUGCUCUGGAAAGGACCCAGCUGUGAUCCAUAAAGAACUAAGUUCUGAAUGAAUCAAGAACCCCUUCUUGCUUUUCCUAAAUACUUUUUUUUGCCACUAGGGUUAUCACUGGGGCUCGGUGCCUGAAAAAGUAAUCCCUUGCUCUUGGUGGCCAUUUUUCCUUUCCUUUCCUCUGUCUUUCUCCUCCUCCUCUUCUUCUUCUUGUUUUUUAUUCGAUAGCACAGAUAGAAACUGAGAAGAGAGGGAGUCGGGCUGUAGCGCAGUGGGUUAAGCACAUAUGGCGCAAAGCGCAAGGACUGACUUCAGGAUCCUGGUUCGAGCCCCCGGCUCCCCACCUGCAGGCGAGUCGCUUCACAGGCAGUGACGCAGGUCUGCAGGUGUCUGUCUUUCUCUCCCCCCUCUCUGUCUCCCCUCCUCUCUCCAUUUCUCUGUCCUAUCUAACAAUGAUGACAUCAAUAACAACAACAAUAACUACAACAACAAUAAAAAACAAGGGCAACAAAGGGGAAAGUAAAUAAAUAUAUAAAAUAAGAAAUUGAGAGGACAAGGCAAGAAAAAGAGGGGGGAGAGGAAGGGAGGGAGAGAGAGGACUUGCAGCCCUGCUUCCCUACUCAUGAAGCUUCUACCCCGCAGGUGGGGAGUGGGGGCUUAACCAGGUAUGCCACCAGCCAGCCUCCUUUCCUAGAUACUUUUCUAACAAUUUUAUUCUUCUUAUAGAAUGCUAACCUCAUUUUUACAUGUACUUUCUAGCUCCUGCCAGGGAAACUAAGUGUGAAGAAUGGCAGAGGAGUUUUAGAAGGAAUUCCUGACUCAUAGUAGGGAAACUGGAAUGAGGAAGGGGUCCAAACCAUGGCAUAAUGAACUUAUUGUCUGGGUGGGAGGGAUAUGAACACUUAGCUACCUCAGCAAGAAUUCCUUCUAGCUCCUUUUUAAAGUUCAGGUCUUUAGGGCAAUGCCUAGAAUUAAAAAGACAAAUGGGAUACAGCCUUGACACCCCACCAUACCCCUAGUGAAAAGAACCCAACUCAGCACUAAGUCCCAUCCUCUCCCCUAUCAGGGCUAAGGAGAGUAAGAGCCUCUUGGGUUCUAUACCACUUAGACCCCCAGAACUGCUAACUGAAGAGAACUUGCUUGCCCUACCUUUUAUAACCUCAGCUGGGCUAUAGACACCCCAAAAGGGCCAGACUUGAUUUUUCUGGGAAACAUGGAGAGCUGGGAGCAGGCCUGGAAAAGAUUAGGAGCACACUAAUGAACUAGGAGGGAGACAGUCUCCCCAGACCUGGGCAGGGUGACUGAGGAGGCCUAAGGGCAAGGACUAGGGUGCAGGUCACUUUUCCUCAGACUCUGUCGACUUCUGGCUUGUUGCAAGAGGGGUGGAUGCGCCCCUCACCCAUACAAACCUGCUCAGGCUCCCCCCAUCUCCUGGCUCUCUUCCCAGGGGACCCGGUCUCCGCUUCAUGCUUUCUCAAUUAAAGCCGAUUUAUAUAACUGAA